AUGUCUGGCGCGGGCGCAGCGGGGCCCGUCUGCAGCAAGUGACCGAGCGGCGCGGACCGCCGCCUACCCGCUCUGCCACCUGGGGCGGCGCGGGCCGGGGUGCCGCGAGCCCGGAUCGCGCGUAGAAUCGGCGCGAUGCACGUGCGCUCGCUGCGCGCUGCGGCGCCACACAGCUUAGUGGCGCUCUGGGCGCCUCUGUUCUUGCUGCGCUCCGCCCUGGCCGACUUCAGCCUGGACAACGAGGUGCACUCAAGCUUCAUCCACCGGCGCCUCCGCAGCCAGGAGCGACGGGAGAUGCAGCGUGAGAUCCUCUCCAUCUUGGGUUUGCCCCAUCGCCCGCGCCCCCACCUCCAGGGCAAGCACAACUCUGCGCCCAUGUUCAUGCUGGACCUGUACAAUGCCAUGGCGGUGGAGGAGGGCGGCGGGCCCGACGGCCAAGGCUUCUCCUACCCGUACAAGGCCGUCUUCAGUACCCAAGGCCCCCCUCUGGCCAGCCUGCAAGAUAGCCACUUCCUCACCGACGCCGACAUGGUCAUGAGCUUCGUCAACCUCGUGGAGCACGACAAGGAAUUCUUCCACCCACGCUACCACCAUCGGGAGUUCCGGUUUGAUCUUUCCAAGAUCCCAGAAGGGGAAGCCGUGACGGCAGCUGAAUUCCGGAUCUACAAGGACUACAUCCGGGAACGCUUCGACAACGAGACCUUCCGGAUCAGCGUCUACCAGGUGCUUCAGGAGCACUUGGGCAGGGAGUCUGACCUCUUCCUGCUCGACAGCCGCACCCUCUGGGCCUCUGAGGAGGGCUGGCUGGUGUUCGACAUCACAGCCACCAGCAACCAUUGGGUGGUCAACCCAAGACACAACCUGGGCCUGCAGCUCUCCGUGGAGACUCUGGAUGGUGAGUCCCCGGCCACCGCCACCACUGGCUCUGGUGCAGCCCGCGCUCUGGGGCAGAGCGUCAACCCCAAGCUGGCGGGCCUGAUCGGGCGGCAUGGGCCCCAGCAUAAGCAGCCCUUCAUGGUGGCCUUCUUCAAGGCCACCGAGGUCCACCUCCGCAGCAUCCGGUCUACUGGGGGCAAGCAGCGCAGCCAGAACCGCUCCAAGACGCCCAAGAACCAGGAGGCUCUGAGGAUGGCCAGUGUGGCAGAGAACAGCAGCAGUGACCAGAGGCAGGCCUGCAAGAAGCACGAGCUGUACGUGAGCUUCCGCGACCUGGGCUGGCAGGACUGGAUCAUCGCCCCUGAAGGCUACGCGGCCUACUACUGCGAGGGGGAGUGCGCCUUCCCUCUGAACUCCUACAUGAACGCCACCAACCACGCCAUCGUGCAGACACUGGUCCACUUCAUCAACCCGGACACAGUGCCCAAGCCCUGCUGUGCCCCCACCCAGCUCAACGCCAUCUCCGUCCUCUACUUCGAUGACAGCUCCAACGUCAUCCUGAAGAAAUACAGAAACAUGGUGGUCCGGGCCUGUGGCUGCCACUAGCCCCUCCUGGAAGCUGAGCCUCUGGGGCCACGUUUUUCUGGAUCCGCUGUGUCACCUCCCAGUAUCUCUCACCACCUGCCUUGGUUAGGAGCCAACGGACCAGCUGCCUCUUUUGAGACGUUCCCUUCCCCUCCCCAGUGGUAAAGGUGUAAGAGUCUCAGGGUUGGAGAGCCAAGUGGCUGUGGAUCAGUUUUGCCUCCGCAGCCUCCUGUGGACAAGCUCCUACAAGCUGCUGCAGGCAAAACCUAACAGGAAAGAAUCUCUACAAGGAAGAUCUCGCAGCCACAGUCGUGGGCUGUGCCGUCCCCACGGGGCUCCGACUCGUUGACUCUGGAGGCCAUGAGGAGACCAGGAGACCAUCCGCCAGGCCACCAAACAGGGAGGAAGGCAUGGCCAGGGGUGGGCCCUUGUGGCUGAGCUGAAGGAAAACUGGUGGGAAGGUCCUGUAACAAAUGUCACAAUAAAGCCAAUGAAUGCAAACGGCUAGGACGUUACAGAUAUGUUUUCCUCAACAGUCUAUCCCCAUUUCUUGAUUUAUUCUGACUUCAUAGAAGCUGUGGCCACUGGAGGGUGGGAAGUCCCCAGUUCCAUUCCUGUUUCAGUCUGAGCCUGCAGGGCCCCAUGUUUACCCAGAUCUGCCCAAAUGCAGCUGCAGGGAAGGACCAGGAGCACCCGGAAGUGGCCAUGUUGGCCCAAAGGAGAAGGCGUGCUGUGGCAGGGAUGGACUUGGUGACUGGUUUCCCCUGUGAGGACGGAAGCAGGGCAGAAUUGGGCUGCACCCUGAGGUUGGGAAGCACAGAGGAGACGAGUCCGCCGGCCUGCGGGGAGCAGAGUGCGCUCCUCCUCUGGGUGGACCCGUGCUCCUCUCUGAAGCCGGGCCUGCGGGGGCACUGUAGCUUCCUCUCUUCACUUGCUGACCCCUCUUAGAGGGCUCUGCAAACAGACUGUCUCCUUGAAGUAGGCAAGAGGCACCUGGUGGGAGGGCUGAGAGGCUCAGGUGCGCUGGACGCCAGCUGCCAGCAGGAGGGUGACCUCCCGAGCAUGUAUCCUGCUGGGGUGACAGUUCUCACAUGGUUCUUGGUGCACACCUCACCUUUGCCUUGGCCGAUGGGCCCCCCAAAUGCUGUUCACAAGUUUCCAGCUGCAAAUGCAAGGCCGUGGGGAGGGCGUUUCCUGCCCCUACAGGAAGAGGAGAGCUGCCCAGGCAACACCCAUGGCCCUGCAGAGCCCGGGCUGCUGAGGGGCUCGGUCCUGUGCCUCCUGGAAACAUCGGCUCUGCUUUUCUUUUUUCUUCUUCAGUAGCUUGGGCUGCAGCCUUUGCUGCCUGGUUGUUGGGGGAAGAGUGUUUUUGUUGCAAUUUGCUUUGUUUAAAGGCAGAGCAGGGGCUUUUGUGUGACUCCCUCUUGGUUCUCGCCGCGGCUCCCGGCCUCUGGUGAGCAUGGUGUACACUUCAACCUGUAAAUAGCUGUGAUGAGACAAAGAAGUUAUUUAUUUCCACCUGAAGCUCUUCUGAAACCCUCCUCGCCGCUCUCCCUCGGGACCGUGAGCGCUGGCCUUCCACCUGUAUGUCUUCUUAUUUAAGACUAUUUAUUAACCGUUGGAUCAAUGUACCCACGGCUGUGGCCGAACAGUCCUCAGUGAAAAUUCUGUACAAAGAGACAAAAUAAAAAGGGUUUUGAUUUGUAAUAAAA